GUGACUGUAUGAAGAAAAGACUGUGUAGCCAAGUGACUGAUUCUCCUUUUCUGAGGUGUUCUGAGUUUGGACAGCCCAGCAGAGUUGAUAGCAUGAAUCCUGUCCUUUCCAUCUCUCUGCCCCUAGUCUUUGCCUUGACUUUGGGGCAAAGUCUGGCUCUUUGUAUCCCUGUUGACUAUGUCAUCCAUGUGGAGAAGAGGGAAUGUGGCUACUGCUUAGCUAUCAACACCACCAUCUGUGAAGGAUUCUGCAUGACCUGGGACAGUAAUGUUAAGAAGCUACUGCUCCGGAGGCGGAGUGCCCUAUCCCAGGAUGUGUGUACGUACAAGGAACUGGUGUACAGGACUGUGAUGAUACCUGGCUGUCAACACCAUGCUGUCUCUUACUAUUCCUAUCCUGUGGCAGUGAGCUGCAAAUGUGGGAAAUGCAACACUGAUUACAGUGACUGUGUGCAGGAGGCAAGUGGUGCUGGUUAUUGUGCAAUGUUCUAGAAGCUACAUAACUCUUGAGGUCUCGGUUCUCUGUAUCUGUCACGCACAGCAACAGCUAAAGAGCAGCAACAACUAAAAUAAAUAAGUUGGGU